UCUUUUCCUUCCAUCCGCGCAGAGCCUCGGCGUGCUCCCAGUGCCGUUGACGUUCCCCUCGCCAACCGCACUCAUGCUUUUGGCGCGGAUGAAGCCGCAGGUGCAGCCUGAGAGCAGCGGGGCGGACCCGGGGCCCGAGCAGCCCAUGCAAGGGCGCAAAGCCGCGGAGCUGCUGGUGGUGAAAGAGCGCAACGGCGUCCAGUGUCUCCUGGCGUCCCGCGCUGGCGACGAGCAGCCCCGGGAGACCUGGGGCAAGAAGAUCGACUUCCUGCUGUCGGUGAUAGGCUUCGCGGUGGACCUCGCCAACGUGUGGCGCUUCCCCUACCUCUGCUACAAGAACGGUGGUGGUGCCUUUCUGAUUCCAUACACACUGUUCCUCAUCAUCGCCGGGAUGCCUCUGUUCUACAUGGAAUUGGCCCUGGGCCAGUACAACCGAGAAGGAGCGGCCACGGUGUGGAAGAUAUGCCCAUUCUUCAAAGGAGUGGGCUAUGCCGUGAUCCUCAUCGCCAUCUACGUUGGUUUCUACUACAACGUCAUCAUCGCUUGGUCGCUCUACUACCUCUUCUCCUCCUUCACCCUCAAGCUGCCUUGGACUGACUGCGGCCAUUCCUGGAACAGCCCCAAUUGCACCGACCCCAAGCUCCUCAACAGCUCCGUGCUGGGCAACCACACCAAGUACUCCAAGUACAAGUUCACGCCCGCAGCAGAGUUCUAUGAGCGUGGCGUCCUGCACCUGCACGAGAGCAGCGGGAUCCAUGACAUUGGCCUCCCCCAGUGGCAGCUGUCACUCUGUCUGAUGGUCGUCGUGGUCAUCCUGUUUUUUAGCCUCUGGAAAGGUGUGAAGACAUCAGGAAAGGUGGUGUGGAUCACAGCCACGCUGCCCUACCUCGUGCUCUUCGUGCUCCUGGUCCACGGCAUCACGCUGCCUGGCGCCUCUAACGGCAUCAACGCCUACCUGCACAUCGACUUCUACCGCCUGAAAGAGGCCACGGUCUGGAUCGAUGCGGCAACCCAGAUAUUUUUUUCCUUGGGGGCUGGAUUUGGAGUCCUGAUUGCCUUUGCCAGUUACAAUAAAUUUGACAACAACUGCUACAGGGACGCCCUGCUCACCAGCACCAUCAACUGUGUCACCAGCUUCGUCUCUGGGUUCGCCAUCUUCUCCAUCCUCGGUUACAUGGCCCACGAACACAAGGUCAACAUUGAGGACGUGGCCACUGAAGGAGCUGGCCUGGUUUUCAUCUUGUACCCAGAAGCCAUUUCCACCUUGUCGGGAUCCACAUUCUGGGCGGUCGUGUUCUUCAUCAUGCUCCUGGCUCUGGGAAUUGACAGCUCGAUGGGAGGCAUGGAGGCCGUCAUCACCGGCCUGGCGGACGACUUCCAGGUCCUGAAGAGACACCGGAAACUCUUCACGUUUGGGGUCACCUUUGGAACCUUCCUUCUGGCCCUGUUUUGCAUCACCAAGGGCGGGAUGUAUGUGCUGACCCUACUGGACACCUUCGCGGCGGGGACAUCCAUUCUGUUUGCUGUGCUCAUGGAAGCCAUCGGCGUCUCCUGGUUCUACGGUGUGGACAGGUUCAGCAACGACAUCCAACAGAUGAUGGGGUUCAAGCCAGGCCUCUACUGGAGACUGUGCUGGAAGUUUGUCAGCCCUGCCUUCCUCCUGUUUGUGGUGGUGGUGAGUGUCAUCAACUUCAAGCCGCUCAACUACGACGACUACGUCUUCCCGCUCUGGGCCAACUGGGUCGGGUGGGGAAUCGCGCUCUCCUCCAUGGUGCUGGUGCCGGCCUACAGCGUCUACAAGUUCUUCAGCAUACGGGGCUCCCUUCGGGAGAGACUGGCCUACGGCAUCACCCCGGAGAACGAGCACCACCUGGUGGCCCAGAGGGACGUCAGGCAGUUCCAACUGCAGCACUGGCUGGCCAUCUGACCGCAGCCCCAGGGAGGAGCCCUGCCGUACCCACGUCCAGGUCCAAGGCUUCGCUACCACCCCAGACACAGUCUUGAAAAUCCUCUCCUGAAAGAUACGUCUUUCCAUCCCUCUU